CUCCUCUCGUUGUGCCGCAGGGUUUGGUUGACUUUCUGCAGUGUUGUGUUCGACAGCUGAAGCGGAGUGGUAUUUACUCGGCAUUGGGGGACGGCAACGACUCCUGAAGUCAGAUUGUGUCCUCACUUGAAUCUGCUUCUUCUACCCCCGGAGGCAUAUACACAUCUUCUGGAGCGCUUCUUCUACAUUGUGGUCAGGACAUGGCUGGGAGAGGAGCUGGAAGGCCAAAUGGUCAGUCACAAGCCAGUAAAAUUUGCCAAUUUAAGCUGGUGCUUCUGGGUGAGUCUGCGGUGGGGAAGUCAAGUCUUGUGUUACGGUUUGUGAAGGGACAAUUUCAUGAGUUCCAGGAAAGCACCAUUGGAGCUGCGUUUCUCACACAGUCAGUGUGCCUCGAUGAUACAACAGUAAAAUUUGAGAUUUGGGAUACAGCAGGACAAGAGAGGUAUCACAGCCUGGCACCUAUGUAUUAUCGAGGAGCACAGGCUGCAAUUGUUGUAUAUGACAUAACAAACCAGGAGACAUUUGCCAGAGCAAAGACAUGGGUCAAAGAGCUACAAAGACAAGCUAGUCCAAACAUUGUGAUAGCACUCUCUGGAAACAAGGCCGACCUCACUAACAAACGGAUGGUAGAGUAUGAAGAAGCCCAGGCCUAUGCAGAUGAUAACAGUCUACUAUUUAUGGAAACCUCUGCAAAAACUGCUAUGAAUGUCAACGACCUGUUCCUAGCAAUAGCCAAAAAACUACCAAAAAAUGAGCCCCAGAGCACAAGUGGAGCAGCUGGACGAAGCCGUGGCGUGGAUCUUCAUGAGCAGUCGCAACAGAACAAGAGCCAGUGUUGCAGCAACUAACCAAGGUGAAGAGAGGGUGAACCAAGAUAAGAUUACAUAGCUUUGUUCCAGCACCCUCCAGAAGUACAACUAAAUAUUCUACAGAACCUCACUCCUGCCAGGAUAUACCCAUCUGCACUUUCCUCCCUCUCCACCGGACAACAGCACACACGUGGAAACAAGCCAACCAGCUUGAAACCUUCCCCUUCAUCUGCUGCACAACCACAGAGCUUCUCACUAAUUGCACAGUUUUUUUUUUCUUUUUUCCUUUUUCUUUUUUUAAAAGAAAACUUAAAAAAAAAUACUUCCUACAAAUGCACACAGACUACCCUUGGUGACACUGAAAAGAAACAUCAGGGGAUCUCACCUUCUGCAUAGAGAAAAAAACAUAAAACAAACUUUUACUAUUUUGUAUUAUAGCUGCAUAUGAUGACUAUUAUUGCAAUCAAUGUAUUGCUUUCAUAUAGUUUUCUUUUUACCCAUUGUCUGGUCUUCUUCUUUUUUUUUUUUUUUUGCAAAGUAUUUUUCAGCCUGUAAAAAUCUGCUUGUUCCAUGGUUAGUAGAUCCACCCAUAGCUAUUUAGGGCCCUUGAGUCCAAUUUUGCUUGUAAAAAUCAUUUCUUUUUUUUGUUUCUCAGCUACUAAAUAUGGACUUUGCUAUUGCUAGUAAAUGAUCUAUAGACUGUGACCCUUGUUGAAAAUAUGAAGAGCAAAUCGCACAAGAAUUGGGUUUUCAGACAGUGUAGCUAAAAAUUAUUUAAAGACAAUAAUUGCUUGAGAUUUUGUGAUCAUUGAAAGCUGUGCACUGUAUGGUGAAUAGAGACAGUUUAAUUUCCAGUUCUUGUUUUGUGCCUUUUAUCUGGCAACAUAGGAGAUUUGUGUCUGUACCUUACAGCACCGACAAUAGACAGUCUGAAAGAGAUAAAAACAUUUGUGGCUUUGUAAAUCUCAUAACUAGUUAAUUUCAACUUGUAAGAACAAAAUUCAAAGAAUCUCCAACAUUGUUACAUUUCAAGCUUUCUUGUGGAAAUGGGGUUGCUGAGAAUUUUCAAAAGCAUUAUAAUGAUGAUUUUGUUCUUUCUAGGAGAAUAUAACUACAUCUACUGUAUCCUCCGUGCUUAGGGGAAGGCUGUUAUUGUGAAAACAGUUUACUUUUAACUGAAAUUCCAAGAUAAUGGUUAUGCUUCAAAGUUGAUCUAAUGAGGGCAUGAGCUAAAAUAUGUUCAAUUGUGAAUUUAGUCCUCUACAAAUAAUGUGUGUAAAGUGUUCAUGUUAGGAAAAAGUCACUUAGAUACAAUUAAAGCAACACAUUUGUAAGCCUGAAAGCAUAGACUUAUCUCAAAUUUUAUUUUCUUGGCUUAAUACUCAGCUGUAAACUUUAGAAUAAAUCUGGUAUAUAUGGUUUGAGACUAGUUUACCACUAAGCCACACAAUUUAUUUAAAAUAAAUAACACAGGUAACAUCCCCUUAAAGAGUAGAUUCUUGUUUCGAAGUGGAUUCAUAGUCACUGACCUCUGUGCUGUAUUCAAUGUUUCCUACCUUGGCUUCUCUUUGUAUUGUAGUGCAUCAGGUGUGUGGAUGGUGUCGCCAAUGCUAAAGCUGCCUUAAGCAGUAUGCACUUUAGAUAAGCAGUGGUUGAAAUAGGCUUCUAAUGUUAAUUUAGGCAUUUUGAGUUGUUUAAUGAUAACAAAAUCAGCAAUUUCAGUGCCCUUUUAUUGCCAUCUUGUUACAUAUUUUUCUCUAUAAUCCCAAAUUUCUUCUUUUUAUUCUUUCUAAUCUUUGACGCAUUUAUAUAUUGAUUUAAAUGAAAUCAUUAAUUUUGGGCAUAAACCUAUCAAGCCCUAGGCUUUAGGUUCUGUUUAGGCGUUUCCUUACACUAGAUGGCAUGGCAGGUAUGUGCCUUUCUGUGUGUGUACGUACGUUUGUGUACGUACGAGCCUGUUAAGAGUUUUUCAAACAGUGUUGGCUUUAAGGGUUACAUAUUUUGCUUGAAAUGUGCCUUCCUUCCAAAUUUUUAGUGGAAAGUCUUAAGAAUGUCUUGUUUUAAGUAUCUUUUGUAUAAGAUUGUUCAAGAAAGACAUCAACAAUGAACUUAUCACGUUCUGUUUCAAGGUCCUAUAUGUCUUUUAAUAUACUAUCAUCCAUACACCUUAAUGGGAACAUAACUAUAUAAAUCCUUCCAUCUAUUUCUUUGUUUUCCUGUACCUAAUGGUUUGCUUUCUUAAAACAAAGGGGAAUUAUUCUAAAUGAAAAAGUCUACACUACAAUUUUUGUUCAGUAUUUUUUAUCUAAUCAGGGUUAUGUCAUUUUUAGAUUGUUCUUCAUUAUCGUGUGUGAUACUUGAGAAGACUUGACAGAUUUUUAAAGGCAUCUAGAGAAGACUGACUCUUCUUCCACAAUCACCACUUUUUGCCAUUAAUAACCUAUUCUUAGAAUAUUAGAGCAGUUGGCAAAUUAAAUCUUAAAUGAUGCAUGCAAUGAGGGUAAAAGCAUAUGCUAAGAAGGAAAUGACAUAACAGAGCUAUCUUGUAUUAAUAUAUUAUAGUUAUGCUGGGAAGAAUGGAAAACUGUGUAGAGUGUGCAAACGCAACAGAAACGUACAAGAUGUUCCCUUCUCCCCUCCCCCCACACUGAUUUGGAUUGUGCAAUACCCAUACAAGUACACUACCUUAGGGUUUUAAUUUUAAAUAUUAUUUAUUCAAAGUCUUUGUGACCGAACUCAUCAAUGAACUCUGUCUGUAUUAACCAUUAUUUAACCACAUGGCUACUGAUCUGGAUUUGCCACUUCUCAAUCAGGGAAUUAUACUAAUUCAGGCAGCACAGGAGUUAGAUAACAAGUUCCUGUCUGUCAUGAAAUCUGACAAAGGCCACCCAUAGAAAGAUAUGACUUAAGCUCAAGAAGCACCAAUAAAAUACCAGAUUCAUCUCCAGUCAUGUCCUGCUGUUGCUUGUCCUAUGCAGAUUGCAUUGAAUAGUUUACACUUUGCUUUAUAACGCUGUCACUAGGCCUGUGGAGCAGCAGUAAGACUGUACAAUUGAUUAGAACUUGUUUUAUGUAAAUUGUUGUAAAAAUAAGCAGAUCAAAUGUUAGUGUUUGACACCAGCCAUUGGUUGAAAUGCGCUUCCACCUUUUAUAUUUCAGAAAUACUAAUCGCUCUUUGUAGAUGCUGUUUAUGAAAAGAAAAAUUAAAAUGAACGAUCCAGAAGAGUUUGCAGUUUAUAGGAUAAAGCAAGCAUGAUUUACAGUUGAUUUUCUAUUGGAAGAUUUGCACAUAAAACCAUGCAGCUUCCAAGUAAGAUUUUUUUAUUCUAAGAGAUAAACAAUAGUAAUGCUAUGAAACAACACUUAUGUACUUAUUUAUGUGUUAAUGUCUGAAUGUAAAUGCACACUCGUGACACUCGGUGCAUUGUCACAGUUACCAUUUAUGUACUAAACACCUUCAACUCACAGUGUACAUAUAGAAGCAUAUUGUCGUCCUCCCUGUUUUCUUUGGUUGUGUGCCUGGAACUUGGACCAAGUUGGAAAAUGUAAGUUUAUGACAUUAACCCUUUGAUAGUCAGAGAAAACUGGAACACUGCAUAGAAAUGCAUAAUGCAGCUCUCUGUGACCACCAAGGGGUACAAUAUACUAUGAUUUUACUGUGCUUUUUAUUUAACUUUUUUUUUUCAUUUGCAUUUGAGAAAGAUCUUACUUCAAUUAUAAUAAGAUUGGAUUUCUAUCUUUGGUCUACCAAUGUAUUUAAUGUAAGUAAAAAUGAAAAAUGCUGUGUGUGUAUAUUAAAUGAACUUAGCUUCUUAAUAA